UUCGCAGCCUCCCUUCCGCGGUCCGCAUCAGCUCCGGCUCUCGCCGCUGGCACAGAGGUGUGUCGUUUUAUCCGCGUUCCCUGUCGUCGUGACGCGGCGCGACGUGCUCGCGUCCCUUAACGUCCCGUUCUCGUCGAUAAUCCGCGUGCACGUCCAUUGGAUGUUUGUCCGGGAUUAGGAACAGCUUCCGACGAGGUGUACGCGUCUCCCCGUCGAGUGGGAAAGUCGCGCGAGGAUCGCGGAGACAAGUGGCAAUUGCUCGUUCGUCCUUCGACGUGUAACUUCCACGCGCAUCGCUCCGUCUCUGUCGUCUCGGCCGUCGGAGUAUGUUAUCGUGCGAUAGGUGAUCCAACGACAACUGACCAGGACAAUGGUGUGCGAUGCGGAGGUUCCCACGCGUGUAACUUGAAGCGGUUCACUCUCCCGGGAGGCGAGGCGCAGCGAGAAUGAGCGAGAACGGGCGACACUCGGCUCGCCGCUAACGAACACCGCCAGGAUCGUUUUCUACGCCGGUGAAAUUGAACCGGGAGCACAGGAGAAAAAGGGCUUGCGUGCGGCGGCUGCGCGGGAGGGGCCGGAAGACGGACGAGGGAAAACAAGCUCCCCAACCCCUCGGAAUUUCUUCGCUCGGCCUUAAUCCACUCGCGGGAGAAAUCAUCGGCGACCCCGCUCGAAAGUUCUGAAGCGUUCGGUUCGCCGAAGACUGGUCCGGAUAACCAGCGCAGUUUAAGUUAGCCCGUUUCGGUUCCCGGAGACGUUUCCCGGGUAUAGGAGCUAAUAAAACCAGCCAGCAGAGUUCACGGACCCGCGUCGUACGAGGAGUUUACGGGGCUAGAGCCGCGCGGCGUAAACUCGGCCGCGUACGGUCCUCGUCGAUUGGCCGGUAGGGAUGUCCGCGGAUCCAAUUAAACGUCCGCGUUUGAUGGUGCCGUCUUGAGUGGUUCGUUCUCCGGGAAUUCGCUCUUCCGGUCGCGUGUUACGGUCGCUGUAGGAAGACAUGCGAGGAGAGGAGCGGUUCCGCGUCUGUUCCGCGUCCCAACCAACUGGAUUUCAGCUCCGUUUCCGAGGUUGCCCGAGGCUGUUGGAAGGGUCGUCGCGCUGUGGACGGGUUUAAGUUCUCGAUCGAAACGGUGACGCCGGUUUCCGAGGGGAUCGCGAACCGGGGGAUCGAUGAGUUUGGGAUAGCCGCGAUUGGGAUCGUCACGGAAUCGCGGUAACGGACUUGCGGUCGCGCGAUAGUCACGAAUCUUCGUCCAGGUGGUGAUAUGCGAAGAUAGGGCGACGAUGACGAGCGAGCUGUACGCGACCAAGGUCGAAAACUCGACCGGCACGAUGAAUCUCGUAUCAACGAUAUCCUCGUCGCCGUCCAGCGCGGUCGCAGCGGCGAUCAGCGCUGGCACAGCUAUUCCCACUAAUCCGUCCACGACAGUAACGGGUGGAGCCGCGGUCACCGGCACCGCUAAGCCCGACCAUCACAUCUACAACACGACCGGCGACCUCGUGGAACACGACGAGCUCGAUCACAGUAUACUCGCCGGUUUCUCAGAUAUACAGACGGUUUUUCUAGCGUGUAUCUCGACGCUGCUGCCGCUGAUCGUCGCGCUGGGAAUUGCCUUCGGCGUCAGGCACGUGUGGAGGAAAUAUCGGAACAGACGGGUCAGUUCGAGCCGAUUGCCCUGGUACAAGUGUAUCUGCUACCGAGACAAUACCACGGAAUCCUUGCAUCAUCGGCCCCACUCCGGAAGCACGACCAUUCAGUUCGCAUCGAGGGUCCUCUCUGCACAAGACCUGGUGAACGGCCUCGACGGUCCCAGGUACAUCUGCGAGACGGAAGUCAUGGAGGAGGUGAACGUGGAGAACGCAGCCCCGGUCGAGUACACGCCGCCGGCGAACCACACGAACAAAAACGCCAAUGGGAACAUCAUCACGCUCACCUUGAAGAACAAUCAUCUCAUCGUCGAGACGGAGGAAAGAGCGGUGACGAUGGAGGAUAAUAAAAACCGCAGGUACCAAGAUAACGGGUGCUCGUUCGUGGUGGAGGUGCAGCCUAGCUAUCAGAGCGACGACGCCCAGGCUAAUAAAGGCUCCACCGACGACGUGACCGCAGAUGUCACCGACCAGCAGGCUCUCGUUCAUAGAGAAGAAAUUCCGGAGGAUCGAUCACCGGGUUUCGAGAACACGAGACUAUUCGGGAGCACGAACACUGGACUGUCCCAGUCGGAUCUCUCGAUCUCCAGCCAGGGCUCGGUGAAUCCCAGCUAUCGUUAUGGAAAUCAAGUCGAAUACGAUGCGGGCCAUCUGGGUUAUCCGAUGUACGGUGGUAGUUACGAGUCCGAUACGCUGUCCCGGAAACUGGAGGGCGGCUCCAAGUGGGUGGAAUUCGAUAAGUCGCCGGACACCGAGAAGACGUUGUUGAACGUGUCGAAAACUUCGAGCAUGGACAAGGAGACGGAGGAGAGUCCGUCGAUACUAGGGAAGCGAAACAACCUGGACACCUCGCAGGGAUCCGGUGGAUCGAUGGACCAGCAGGACUCGACGGACGCCAGCGUCUCGACGGACACGGUCCGCUCGAACCCGAACCUCCAGGUGAACGGCGCCACCCCUAACAAGCUGGAGAUCAUGGAGCAGAAGGCGUUGAGCAACGAUUUCGGCAAAUUGGAGAGCAAACCGGUGAUAACGGGGGCGUUGCUCAAGGACGACGUGCAAGAGGACACUUUCCAGGAGCAGCAGCGCAAGCUGGGGAACGGCACUUUGACGCCGGAGCACAAAGAGGAAAGGCCGAAGGAUCAAAAGCCGGAGGGCAGCACCUUCGUGCCGAGCCACAAGCGCAGCGGAAGCAUUCCCCCGCGACUGAUCGAGGAGAGCCUGGACCUGGACCGGAAGAAAUCCCUGGAUAUCUACAGCCAGAUCAAAACCAGCACCAAGAGCAUACUCCCGGGGCUGAGCCCGAAGUUCGAGCUGCUCCAGAACGAAGUCAGUCCCAUCGAGGAGAAGGAAAGUUAAUGGAGAUGCCUCGUACUCCUCUGGUGAUCCGUCUCAGGUCUGUAAGCACGACAUCGAACCGAUCGAAACGAGCAUCGAGAAACGGCCGGACCGCCGGCAGGCGUCUGGAUCCUCGCCUCGGCGAUUCUCUACGGGAAUCCGAGAGUCCUCGGGGAAUCACCGUCGAACAUUCACACGGAGCGAAAUCAAAACGACGAGGAUUUUUAUUUAACGAAACUCAUUGUAGAUAAUCCAUUCGAGUAUCCGCGGUCGUCCUCUUCUAUCCCCGCGGUGUUCCACAGCUGGAGGAUCUCAAGUUUGGAAAGGUUCACGGCGUCGGGGGCAACCGGCGGUGACCUACUCGCGGGUUUCCGUGAUCGUUUCGCACGAAGAACUCUGAGCUCGAAAUUACACGAACGAAAUCGCCGGUUCGACGCGAUGCACCGGCCAGGACAAAUUGGUGGUGUCCAGGGGUGAGCGUGUUCCGCGGCAGGGUGUCGGGGAAGGACUCAAAGCGCUCGGAAUUGACAAUAUAUCCUAAUGAUUCCCCGCGGUUCCCGGCUCUUAACUCACCCCGUUUUCCGUGCCCACCCCGCCCCUCUUUCGCCCCUCUGUCCGUUUCCUUCGUUCACCCCUCUGCGAGCAUCCAUCCUCUCUCCUCGUCCUUUCUCCGCGCGUUUCACGCGUUCGCACGCGAACCCGGCCCGGCCCGCUAAAUUCACCAAAGCGGGGAUGUACGAACCGCGGAGAACAAUCGCCGGCUAACGAACCCGGCGCGUUGCCGCUGCGGAUUCCGCGCCCGUGAGCCUGUGUGCGCGGAGCGACCGCAGCCACGGCUGGAACCGCGCGAAACACGAUACAACGGGUCCUCGAUUGUUUGCCGAGAGGGGCCGGAGUCGUUGCACACGCGUGCACACCACUGUUCCGCGAGAAAAAGCCUCGGGGCUCGUUUGAAAUGCAGAGAACCGAGGGACGAGAGGAAAAUUGCGAGACUCUGCGGUUGGAUAACCGGAAGAGAGGCCCGAGGCCGGGCCAGAGACCAAAUCUACCGGCUGCUCGAGGACAAUCCCCACCGUUCUCGAUCUCGGCCGUUGUAUCGGCUAAUAUUCUAGCUGCGCGGCUGCUGUGCGAGGCGAACGUACCGCGCGUUCAUGAAUACUCGGCGCGAGCGCUGGUUUUCGAGGUGUAAAUGAUCUAGCCACUUGGUUCAGUUGGGAAUCUGUCGUUCGAACUGUUCGAUUGUACGUUGGAAUAUAUACGAUCUAAUUUUAGGAACGUAGUUUCACGAAUGUUUUGUCAAUCGGAUGAUCGAGGUUCUGUAUUAUUUUAUACGCACGUUUUGAAAAAUGUCUUGUCAUGUUUCGAUUUAUAAAUCGGAUGAUCGAGGUUCUGUAUUAUUUUAUGAACAUGCUUUCAACAAUUUCUUGUCUUGUUUCGAUUUAUAUCAAUCGGAUGAUCGAGAUUCUGUAUUAUUUUAUGAACAUACUUUGGAAAAGUAUCUUGUCACGUUUUGACCUAUAUUAAUCGGAUGAUCGAGGUUCUGUAUUAUUUUAUGAACAUGCUUUCAACAAUUUCUUGUCUUGUUUCGAUUUAUAUCAAUCGGAUGAUCGAGAUUCUAUAUUAUUUUAUGAGCAUACUUUGAAAAAGUAUCUUGUCACGUUUUGACCUAUAUUAAUCGGAUGAUCGAGGUUCUGUAUUAUUUUAUGAACAUACUUUGAAUAAUUUCUUGUCAUGUUUCGAUUUAUAUCAAUCGGAUGAUCGAGGUUCUAUCAUUUUAUGAAUAUAUUUUGAAUAAUUUCUUGUCACGUUCCGAUUUAUAUCAAUCGGACGAUCGAGAUUCCACAUUAUUUUACGAACACACUUUGAAAAAUGUGUUGUCAACUGUCUUUAAAUCGGCUGACGAGGGUUCUAUAUUAUUUUCCUUUGAUCAAUUAGAUACAAACUCUCGUUACCUCCCUUUCCUCAACGGGCGGCGGAUAGCAGCGUACCUCGCCACCGGGCGAAAGUUUCGAAUCACUCCCUCGGAUCGAUGGAAAUGGAGAUACGCUCGUUGAGUCAACAAACUUAACGCUUUGACGGCCGCAUAUUUAACGCUGGCACACUAGCACGCCGCCGGCGCUUCCCGCAUGAACUCCACCUUCUGCCGGCGGCGUUUCCCGCGCACGGUCGUCCGCAGUUUCAUUAUGUAACACUCUCAUCCGGAGGAACCACUAUUUCGAACUUUGCAAUUUUGAUUUCGUCCGAAGGAUAUCGUUAGAGCGAGCAACCGUCCAAAGGUUAAGCGACUAGAAAUAAUCGCAUUAAUUCGAGUGGACAGGUAGGAACUGGAAAUCUGCGAACGGUUCGCAAAUUUUAGCCCGGCGGGCGUAGGUUCGCAAGGAUAGAAGUAAAAGGAGAGUGGCUAGACGACUUUACCCCGAGCGUGUCGGCGUAGGAUCGGCUGAGGCUAGGCAGUAGACGAAGGUCACUUCUUUUAAACGUUUGGUGAAUAAUCGCUGAAAAUAACGCCGUCCCGGUCGCCUAGCGACCCGCACGAUUUGUAUCCAUAAAGUCGGAGCGGAAUCGUCCUCUCUCGUACACGUGCGAACGCAGCAUUUCUAAAAUAAGCGGCGUGUCCCGAGAAAAUCGCACCCGAUCGUUCCAUUCAUCCCAGUUUCCCCCCUGUGACGCAAUCGUUCCCUCGAUCUUCUCGCGGGAGAACGCGUCUCCCACCACGAUUUCCGACGGAAUGUCGCAAGACACAAGGGACAGCUCGAAGAAAGAGUCUUCUAGCGGAUCCGCGAUCGUUUUAGCGUGAACGGGCGAGCAUCGAUAGACGCGCGCAGCGAACGAGGCGAGUCGCGGCGCGCGAUGCCGAAUUUUGUAAGCGGUCUCGCGGCGAGCCACUCGCUCGCGACUCUAUUCCCCGCCGAUGGCACACAGUUUUACAAACGAACCAGAUUUACUAAGGAUUUUCUAUUGUCUACGAGAGCGUAGGUGCGAGAUAGCCGGUAUUUAAGCAUCGUAAAAUUGAGCAACGCUACUAAGUGUCCAAGACCGAUAUAAUCUAAGAUGAUCGCGACCGUGGCUGCCGAUCGAGGCGAGGAAGAGGCUCGCGGCUGCGAGGAGCCACGGUCGUUUAGCAGCUCGAUCUAAGGUUUAACUUCGAGAUUAAUCGGAGGCAGAUUAAACGAUCCUAGGUAUACAGUACACGUAAGAGACCAUACGUUAAGCGCGAGAUUCGCGACUCGAGUAAGUCGGGCAGAGAGGCUUAAGAGGUUUAAACUAAAAGCUACACACACCGAGGUGGAUUCUAGUGCCAAAAUAGUUCCUUAAGGUUUCUCGAGGGCAGAACUCGACGAACGUAUGCCGAACGACUAAUAUUGUAACUCUCUCCGAUAAUUACUUUUAUUAACCGUACGUUUCGAGCAGAUGCUGCGUUACCAAUAUUUCAGAUUUUAUACGGCUUUCGUUGAAUAGUGCGAACGUUUCUUGUUGAUAUGGUGCUAUUUGCGUGUGUGAACCCACGGGCCGGGGAGCGGGCGCGGCUGUCCGCGCCUCGUUCCUCGCUCGCCGAGCGUCGCCGGCUCCGCGAUUCGACGAGGCUCAACGUCCAACCGAUCCGUUCUUGCGCAAGAACCAUCGUUUCGCGUGGAAUCGCUCCCGGCCGACGACACGGCCCAUCGAGGAAUCACUCUCGGAGCCGCCGACGCGCGGCGAUAGACUAUAGCGCAUCUAGCGAUUAAGUAGCCGCAGUACGUAAGAAUCUAGCCAUACUCUCGAUCCUCCGUAACAGACGAUAUUAUCGGUUUCGUUCUCGAGUCACGCGCGUUCCUACGUUCUCACCCGAUCACCCGUCCCGCUUUUCACGCCCGCCGAACGAGCAACCCUAGUUUCCAUGUUUUAGCGAUUCUCGUGUGACUGUCAAUAGAUGGUAUUAGAGGUCUAACUGUCGACAGGUAUCGGAUUUUAUAUAAAGAAACCUGAAUGUCUCGCGUAUCUGUAGGAAUAUAAUUCUUCGCCAAGUAGCUGUGGGUCUCGCGUAGCUGAGUCGAUGCGAUCGACAAUUUAAUAUCGUUCCCGCGUCGAUCUUAAACGGUACCAUUGUAAUCUGUCGAGUGAUCGGGAUUUCGCGAAAGGACGGGAGGAUCGUUUCACGGGAACACCUUUUCGAGAUCGACGCGCGCGCGAUCGCGGUAUGUACACAGUCUGUAAGAGGGAAAAGCAUUCUCCGUUCUUUGACGUAACGCUCUCUGGUAUUCUAUCGCAUCGCGCAUCACGAGUUCGUAAGGGACACUUUAGAGAUAAUUACUUGUAGAGGCUCGUCGAGGUAAGACUCUCAAUUAACGAUUAAGGCAGACGGGGAUCCCCCGAUGGGAUCCACGGCACACAACCGUUCCAUAUGAUCAAUUAAAUUCGAAUCGUAGUUGUUAAGCGAACAAAGAGACAGAGUGAAAGCGGACGGUUUCGAACUCGAGCUUGGAGGUAUCGAUAUUGAGCUUUCCGAUCGCGCGCACACGUAAAACACACCAGGCAUACAUACACAGGACACAGGCACACCAAAAGGUA